AUGAAAGAUUAUAAUGAUAAUAUUCACAGACCAAAUCCACAUAACUUGUAUAAUAAUAUAUCGUUACUUUGUCCCCCUAAAAUGAAAGGGAACUCUGAAAAUUUAUCCACAAAUAAUAAUCCAAAUUUAACAGGAAAAAAUAUUAAAGUAAGUAAUAGACAUGACAAAAUGAAAGAUAUACAUAUUCAUAAAUUACCAGAUGUUGAGAACAUUUCCUCAGAUAUGAAUCCUAAAUCUAGUAAAAUGUUUUCUUUCAAAAAUAUAAAUCAUAAUAAGGAAGAGAAUGAAAUACAUUUAAAGGACAAAUAUAGUUUUGAAAAACGAGAAGAUGAUAUGUAUAAUAUGUCUGUGAGCAAUAUGCAUAAAGUUCCUAUACAUAAACAAAAUAUAUAUUCAAAAAAUAAUUAUAAUACUAGUGUAUGUUUACAACAAAACAAAAAAGAAACAAACAAUAUAUCAUAUAUAAAUAAUAUUCAUAAUACAAUGUGUAUCACAAAUAAUAAAAAUGAUCAUUCUGUAGAACACAAGAUUAAUAUAUAUAAUAACAAAUAUAAUUAUAAUAAUACAUUUUUGUGUAACAAAAAAUUAUGUACACAGAAAAUAAUUCAAUAUAUAGGAAAGAACCAAAAUACAAAACAUCCUCUUCAUUCAUUGUAUCACACAAACGUAGUUGGAAUGAACAAGUUUAAUUCUUCAAAUAAUUUAAGUGAUCAAAUUAAUAUACUUAAUAAUAAUAUUCAACAUAUAAAUAGUACUUUCAAUAAUUUAAGACAAAAUAAUAUAUAUAAGAAUAAUGAUAGCAUAGAACUAUUUAUAAAUAAUAAUUUAAAAAGUGGUGAUACUAACAAGUAUGCAACUUUUUACAAAAAUGUAAAAAUUUCUGAAAAAAAUAAUAUGUAUAAACAAAAAGAGGACAAGAAACAAAUAAAUAAUAAAAAUCCAUAUAUAUUUACAUGCCAAAAGUAUUUUAUGCGACCAUCAAAUGUAUUACAUAAUAUUCAAAAUUGUGGUAUACACAAAAAAAAAAAAAAAAAAAAAAAAAAUCAUCAAAUAAAACAUCGAUCAUUUCAUAAUAUAUAUAAACAAAUAAAUAUUAUUAACGACCAAAUUGAUCUUAUAAAUAAUAAAAUCAACAAAAAUAGUAAAGAUCAAAAUCGUGCACACAUCUUAGAAAUAUCUCCUCUGUCUCUUCCUUCAUACAUAGAAUAUAAGAACAAAAAUAAUAAUAUAUUCUCCUCAUAUUUUGCACAUCCAAAUAAUAAAACACACAAUUUUAAAAAAAUAAAAAUGAUAAAGAAAAAUAUAUCGAAUCCAUUUAAUAAAGAAGAACCAUGCGGGGAAAAAAAGAAUAGCCCGCAAGUUAACGAUAGUAAAAGUUUUCGAUAUUUUGAUCAUAGUACUUGUAACAAUAAUUAUCAUAAUAAGGAGUAUAUGAAGAAAGAACAAAAAUCUCAUCUUCAUUCAAAUCAUAAUAUUAAUCAUGAAAAAGGGAGUGAUCCUUCUUAUAAUUUAAACACAAAAAAUACAAAAAAUGUAACCAAUACAAAUGAUCAAACAUGCAUUUAUGAAGAUCAUACAUUUGAAAAAGCUGUUGAAAACAACAAAGUGAUGUAUUUAAAAAACAAACCCAUUCAAUCUAAAUUACUAAAAUUGAACAAUCAAAUAUUAAACAACACAGAUCAAAAGAAAUACGAAAAAUGUAUUGACCAUGGAGAUACAUGUAAUAAUAAGGACGAAAAAAAUAUUAAGUGUACAUAUAAAAUAGAUGAUAUUCUAUGUUCAUAUAAUAACGGUAAUAAUAUUAAAUACGAAAGAGAAGUUAUCAAAAUAACUAAUAAGUAUAGAAAUGCUCUAGAAAAAUGGAGAUAUAAAUUUGUACAUAAAAAUAAAACAACUAAAAGGAAUAUUACAAGUUCCAAUCAAAAGGGAAAAUGUAAUUUUAAUAUAUUUAAAAUAAAUAAGCAUAUUAAUAAGAAGAAAAACAAAAAAAUAAAAAAAAUUGAAUCGAAUAAAUAUGGUAAUAUGUAUAACUUUGUGGAUAAAAAAGUGAAUAAUAAUCAGGGCAAUAAGAAAAAAAAUGAAAAAAAAAAUGAAAAAAAAAAUGACAAAAUAAAUGACACAAUAAAUGACAAAAUAAAUCACAAAAUAAAUCACAAAAAAAAUGACAAAAUAAAUCACAAAAAAAAUGACAAAAUAAAUCACAAAAAAAAUGACAAAAUAAAUCACAAAAAAAAUGACAAAAUAAAUAACAAAAUAAAUCACAAGAAAAAUAUGAUACCAAACCAAAAACCUAUAAACAAUAUGAUAAAAUAUAACAUAAAAAAUAAGAAAAAAAUUUACAACGAUACUAAUGAUCAUGCGGAUAAUCGUAAUAUCCAUAGUCAUAUCCAUAAAAAAGUGCCCAACAAAAAGGACAAUAACAUUAAUCAUAUGUACUAUGAUAAUAAUAAUAAUAUAAACCAACCAAUAUCUUAUAUUCAUACAGCAUAUGACAAUGUAUGUCAUCAGAUAAACAACGAUGAUCACUGUAUACCUUUAUCAUGUGUUAUUAAAAAUCGAAAAACACGAAGAAGUAGAAAAAAUAAAAAUUUAUUCAAUAAUAAAAAGAAUUAUACAAACGAACCAUAA